AUGAAAGCUGUUCUCUGCUUCGUUGGCCUUGUUGCCCUUGCCGCUGCUCUCGUGCUCCCUGAAAAAAGAGCAAGCUCAUUGGAUUGCUUCAUGUGCAGACUUGCAGUGAAUGUCACCGACCCGCCAGUUGACAAUUUGGUACACAAAUCCGAGGAUAAGUUCAUCGCCGAGUGCAAGAAGAUGCUUGUAGGAGUUCCGUUCUUAGAGCAGGCGUGUUUGGACUAUGCUCACGCGGAACUGGAUCCAAUCAUCAAGGAGUUGGAAUCAGGGACCGCUCCAGAAGAUGUUUGCAGAGAAAUCAAGCAGUGCCCACAAUAA